AUGUCUUAUGAUUAUCAUGGGAUUAUCCUAGUAUUAUUUCUGGUUUUUAUUAAUUCGACAAAUUCAUGUUGGAAUACAAUACGUAACAAUGUAACGUAUGGCCAUAUUGAAAAUAUAAAUUUCUUCUCAGGACGAUCUCAAAUAAAAAAUACUGCAUGUGCAUGGAGAAUUUUUAAUCAAAAACAAGAAAGCCAAUCUUAUUAUAUUGUUUCAUUACGUAUUGUUAAAUUAGAAACUAAUCGAACAUUUGCUUCAAAUGAAUUAAUAUUAAAAACUGAUAAAAUAGAAAUUACAUUGAGUGAUGUAUUACAACGAACAUUUUUUAUUCCAUCGUCAUCAUCAUUAUUAGAGAUUUAUUUUCGGCCACGAUUGCAUCGAAAUAGUUUAAAUAUUAAUCGAUUUUUACUUGAAUUUACACAUAGCAAUUCGAUUAGUUAUAAUCACGACGAAUAUUUUCAUUGUCUCAAAAGUCGUUUAAUUAUACCGAAACAAUGGAAAUGCAAUUGCUUAUAUGAAUGUUUAUUUGAUGAUCAUAGCGAUGAAGAUGAUUGUCCAUUAUGCUCAAUGGUUACAAUACCUACUAGUUUAUUAUGUCGUUCCGAUGAAUUUUGGUGUUUACCAAUAGCAAAUCCAACGGAAAAAAUAGAUCCGAACGGUGUGUGUAUUCCAGACGAUCAAACUGCUCAAUGUUCUUAUUCAUCAAAAUGUGAAACAAUUAUUUCCUAUUCCAAAGAUCACGGUGAAAUUAUACUUGAUAAUUCAACUUUUUCCAAUCGUGAAUCAUUAUGUUUUAUAAUUAUUGCCCAAGAAAAACAUAAAAUAAAAAUAAUUUUCAAUCACUUUGAAAUUCUUAAGCUACGUCCUGAUUUAGAACUAUUAAUUUAUGAUGGUAGUGAAACACAAAAGCAAUUACUUCUCACAUCCGAUAUGUUAUUAAUGAAACAAAUAAUCCAAACACAUGAAAACCAUGUAGCAACAAUUAUUAUACGAAAACGUUCAACAGAGAAUUUACAUGAACUUUUCUUUAAUCAACAAAAUAAUGUCAAUAAUAUUCUAUUUAAUAUAACGUGGCUAACAAGUUUAUGUCCAUCGAAUCAAAUACUUUGUAGUGGUCAUUAUGAAAUAAAAUGUUAUUCAAUUGAACAACGAUGUGAUGGUAUAUGGGAUUGUAUGAGUGGUGAUGAUGAAUUAGGUUGUUCAUCAGCAUCAUGUCCAACAACAUUUGCGUGCAAUGAUCCAUUAAUUUUGCCAUCGGAUCAACCAAGAUGUUUUACAUGGUUUGAACGUUGCAAUGGAAAUGCAUAUUGUAUUAAUCGUAUAGAUGAAAAGAAUUGUACAAAUUGGUGGUGUAAUUCUAAUAAUGGAACUUUUCUUUGUAAAAAUUUAAAUUGUAUUUAUGAAACAUGGGUUUGUGAUGGUACUAAUGAUUGUGGUGAUAAUUCCGAUGAGCUAAAUUGCCCAUUUCGCAUUUCUCGUCGAACAAUGGCAGCUACAGUCACUGGUGCUACUAUUUGUUCUAUACUAUUAAUUUUGGCACUUGGAUGUACUUGUAAACUGUUAGAUUUACGUUCAGCUGAACAACGAGCAUCAGCUCGGUUAUUAAAUCCUCAAGAAUAUAUUCAACGUAGACGAGAAGAAAAUCAACGACAAUCAAAUCGUCUUAAUCAAUCAGCAAACGAUGAUGAUGCACUAAUUUUAGCAAAUGCUACGCCAACUAUAGCGCCCCCAUCAUAUAAUCAAACCAUGGGCUUGUCUGAUGAUGAUGAAGAGAGACAUGCACUUCUAGCCGACUAUUUAAGAUUAGCUGGUUUAGAUAAUUUUAUUUCAUUACCAAACAUAAAUUCUAACUCAAGAUCAUCAAGACAUCGAACUCGAAGGCAUCGUAGACAUCAUCGUCGGCAUCAUCAGCACAAUAGUCGUCGAAAUCCAAAUGAAGAAUCUCGUAUAACUUUGCUGGAACCAAAUGCGACUCAAAGCCAUCCACCAGUGUCAUCUACAAAUCGAUUGGAUCGUUUUCGUUCUCGGUUUCGAUCUUUGUUUACAAGAAAUCUUUCAAUAAAUAAUAACCGUACUUCAUCAAAUGACUUCGAUGUACAUGAACGAAAUAGUUUCCUACAACCGAUUGCACUUUCCAAUCGAUCUUGUAUGCAAACACAAGAACAACCACCAGCUUAUUCUGAUGAGCCGUUAUUAACAAUUCAUCAUGAGAAUGAUAUUCAAACAUCAACAACGAUUUCGACUACAAUGCCAUCAACAUUAUUUCGUAUUCAUAAACGACACAUACCUUCAAAUACAUUGUGUGACCAUUUAGAAGAUCAACCGCCAUCAUCACCAUCCUUACCUAUAACGACGAUUCAAGACGAUGAUCAAGCAAGCAGUGAUGAUGAAAAACUCUUAAUGCCUUGA